GGUUGGUAACCUUGGUCUAAUUUGUCAACCUUAAAUUUUGGUAGAUAUAAAAAAGUCCAUAAAAUUUUAAUUGCACGUUAUAUUUGUUUUUAUGGAAAUUUGUUGUUUCAUCAAAUUAAGUUCAAGUUUUUUAAUAAUUUCUUAACGAUGUCUCAUCUGUGUGAUUGUGUAUCUGAAAGAAAUUUUGACGUAAACAGGCCAUCGGGUGCCCAACUUUCCACGUCGCAACCUUUUCGUUCUAAAAGUUCAGUCAACAAUAGGAUUCAAGAACAUCAGAAUCACUGUCCAGCGAAAAAAGCUCAAAAGCAUGCCUCGCUUUCACGGCAUAAACAAUCACAAGGUGAGGCUGCAGGAAUAAAUUCCCAGACGUAUACUAAUUCGACGAUAAGUGAUAUAUCCACUCAGUGCCAAAACAUAAAUAUAAACAGUGAAAACGAUGAAGUAGACCAAGGAGACAGCCCAGCCUAUCCAAAACGAAAACAUUCAAAGAAAAAAGAAAGAAUAAAGAAUUUAAAAAUUCCUUCAAGAGAAGCUAUGAAUAUACCACAGACAUCCGAGUCGCAUCGCGCCCAAAACGAUGAGGCAUCAUUGCACGAGUUUUUUGCACACCAAAUAAGUCCAUUGUAUGCAUCUACUAAUUCUCGGUACCUUGAAAACCUUCGUCAUCAUCCUCAGUUUCAGCUUUCGCAAAAUAUGCAGGACUCAAGAGAGUAUUUGACUAAUGCUCAACAUGCUGCAAGUUUACCCAACACUCCAAAUUUUCAGGCAACACAAAGACCUACAUCAGCUAGUAUACCAAGCUCACCAGUAGUUUUAGUUGACUCUAUGACUCCUAAAUGCAUACAAAAUUUUCUACAACAUCCAUUACUUAGCAAAUCUUUUAGUGUCAGAAGUACGGAACCUUUCAAAUUUUUAACAGGAGAAAAUGCAGAUAACAGUGAUGUCAACACAACCCCUAAACAUAAAAGGAAAAACAAAAAGAAAGCUAAAGAAAAUGGUGAUAUUAAGUUUGACCCUUACAUCUCAGCAGAGAGAAUGGAAGCUGGGCUAAAAGAUAAUGUCUUUAUUGAAGGAGUAUUGAGGAUAAAUCCUAAACAAUUCCAACAUGCAUAUGUUUCUAGCAGUGACAGAAGUGAACAAGAUAUUCUUAUUGAUGGAAUAAAAAAUCGUAACCGUGCUUUAGAAGGCGAUGUUGUAGUUGUACAGUUUACAGACAGUGAUAAUGAAGACAGCAAUGAUGACAACAAACAGAAAAAAGGAAAAGUAGUUUAUAUCAAGGAAGUAGUUCACAACAGAACCUGCAUAGGCUCUCUGAAGUUGAUGCCUGAUAAAAAUAGACAGAGAGCCUUGUUCAUUCCACGUGAUCUCAGAAUUCCAAGGCUUAACAUACCAUUCACAAGUUGGCCUGACAACUUUUAUAAUGAUGCCAAAACUUAUGAGAAUACAUUGUUUUUAGCCAAAAUAUUGGAAUGGACAGAUACCAGAUUUGCUAUGGGGAAAAUCGUUUGUAACAUAGGCCAAUCUGGAGAUAUGGUAACAGAAACAAAAGCAAUAUUAGCUCAAACCGAUUUAGAUGUCAAGCCAUUUGGUCCCGAAGUCAGACAUUUGUAUCCAAGAUUAGAUUACAAAAUUCCUGAAGAGGAGAUAUCACUAAGAGAGGACUGUCGGAAAUUGUGUGUGUUCAGUAUUGAUCCAUUUAACUGUCGUGAUAUAGAUGAUGCUGUCUCUUGUAGAGAACUGGAAAAUGGGAAUUACGAAAUUGGAGUUCACAUAGCUGAUGUUGCUCACUUCUUAACAGAAGACACUAUAUUGGAUGAAAAAGUGGCAGACAAAGCAACAACUAUUUAUUUGGUGGAAAAAGCUUAUCAUAUGUUGCCUGAUGAUCUCUGUAUGCUCUGUUCUCUUUUUCCCGGGGUUGACAAAUUAGCCUUUUCAGUUUUUUGGGAGAUAACUAAAGAUGGAAAAGUUCUAAGUCAUAGAUUUGCAAAAACAGUAAUUAACUCUUGUUGUCAAUUAGCAUAUGAACAUGCUCAAUCAGUACUGGAAGAUAAAGAGGAUUCUGAAACAAGCUUUCCUGAAACAUAUAAUAAUUUUGAAUAUGCUGAUAUAUCAAAAGUAAUAAAAAUUCUUGGGAGUGUUGCUGCAAAAUUCCGCAAGGAUCGUUUUGAAAGUGGGGCUUUAAGAAUUGAUCAAGCCAAAGUUUCCUUUCAUUUGAAUGCUGCUAAUGGCUUGCCAGACUCAUUUUGGAUAUACGAGAGUAAAGAAAGCCAUCAACUUAUUGAAGAAUUUAUGUUACUUGCUAAUAUGACUGUAGCUGAAAGAAUUCGAGAGGAUCACCCAUCAUUAGCAUUUCUGAGAUGUCACCCAAAACCCAGUGGGUACAUGUUGAAACAACUUGCUAAAUCCUUGAAACCAAUGGGUAUUGAAUUAAAUAUCAACUCUGCUGGUGAGUUGCAUCGUUCCCUUUUGGAACAUGUUGGUCCAGACUGUACAGACAAAGGCAAAGUGAUGGUUUUAAACAUGCUGUGUGCAAAGCCUAUGACAAGGGCUAAAUAUUUCUGUGCUGAUGGGUGUCAUGAUGAUGACUUUCAUCACUAUGCUUUAAAUGUUCCACUCUAUACACAUUUCACCAGCCCUAUACGAAGAUAUGCAGAUAUUAUGGUGCACAGGUUGCUGGCAGCAAGUUUGAAAUAUAGAGAGACCCCAAAAUGGGAUGUAGACAAAGUUCGUAUGAUCGCAGCCCAAUGUAACAAGCAAAAAUACAAUGCAAAAAAAGCUGGUGAAUUGUCAACAGAAAUGUAUACACUGAAGUACAUUGAAAUGAAGUCACCAUUACUGACUGAAGCUGCUGUUGUAGAAGUGAGAGAAAAAUAUAUUGAUGUUAUUAUAAUAGCCAUGGGUUUAAAUAGAAGAAUAUUUUUCAAUAAUGAUUUUCCAGGGAAAUACCAAUGUAUUAAAACGGAAGGAUGCUCAAGGCUCUCUAAAAUGGAAUUAACAUGGAAUGCUACAAAUGAUUUACCAGAAAUCAAACAAGUUAUUCAAGUAUUUUCUAUUUUACAAGUUGAAUUAUAUAGAGGUGAUGACAUGGUGAAGGUUGAAACCAAACUUGUUAGGCCAACUCAGGAGCCAUCUCUGUAAUAAGUACUUUUAUACUAAAACGAAAUGUACCUACAUAGUGUCUUAAUGUGAUAGUAUUUUACAAAAAUGAAAUCAAAUGACACCAAAAUAAUACUAUUUUAUCAUUAUUAGCUACUCAUAAUAAAAUAUGAAAUUCUUAAUUGUAAUAGUCAUUUUAAAGAUUGUUGUGUAGGUAUUUGUGUUAAUUUUUAACUUUUUGAAUAAUGAAAUAAUGUGUGAUUUUAUUUACAGUGGUCAGUAGGUAUUUAUAUUCUUACGUGUGUUUUAGCUUGCAUGUUUACUGUAGACGUUUUACUUAGUACAAGUAAAUAGUUAAAUAUUUUUUAGUUUUAGGGCAACAAGCUCAAUCAACAUUUGAAACCCGCUAAUCGCGGAAUUAAUAAAAUUUGUACAUAAUGUAUUGUUUAUAUUUUCCCUAAUUAAAUAAUCUAUAUUAGUAAGAAA